CUCUCUCGCUCUCACACAUGCAUACACGCACACGCUUUUGAAGCCGAAGUGGCGGGCAGAAGCACAUCGACACCGCAGUGGCCGCUUCGGAGGAAUCCAAGCAGGUCCGAUGGAUAUGAGGCUGCGCUGGAGAUGAACGCACGGGGGGAGUGAGGACCAAAGUAGAAGAGCACCCAAAUCCCUCCAAGCCUCCCUCCUGGUGCGUGUGUGCGCGCGCGCGCAUGUGCGUGUGCUCUCUUGGCAGCUGACGUGUGCACACGACUCUGGUGGCAGGAUGAGUUCGUGCAGCAGCCGCGCGUUGACCAUCCUGUCCACAGUGUUUGGGGCCUGCGGGCUCCUGCUGGUGGGGGUGGCCGUGUCCACCGACUACUGGCUCAUCAUGGUGGAGGGCGUCAUCCUGCAGCACAACCAGAGCAUGGAGGUCAAGAUGGCUCUGCAUUCAGGCCUCUGGAGGGUCUGCUUCGUGGCCGGGGCUGAAAACGGGAGAUGUGUUGCGUCAGAGUACUUCACCGAACCCGAUAUCGAGAUCACCACUGAAAACACGGCAAACAUUCUAAAGAUGGUGCGCACAGCGACGCCGUUCCCGAUGGUGUCGCUGCUCUUCGUCUUCACCGCCUUCGUCAUCAGCAACAUCGGACACAUCCAGCCUCAGCGCACCAUCCUCGCCUUUGUCUCGGGGAUCUUCUUCAUCCUCUCAGGCCUGAGCCUGGUGGUGGGCCUGGUCCUCUACAUCUCCAGCAUCAACGACGAGGUGAUGAACCGCCCCAGGGAGCCCGAGCAGUUCUUCAACUACCACUACGGAUGGUCCUUUGCCUUCGCCGCCUCCUCCUUCCUGCUCAAAGAGGGCGCAGGUGUGCUCUCCGUCUACCUGUUCAUGAAGCGCUACGCAGAGGAGGAGAUGUACCGCCCCCACCCCGCUCUCUACCGCCCCCGCUUGUCCGACAGCAGCGACUACAGCGGCCAGUUCCUCCACCCGGAAUCGUCGUGGCCGCCGCCCAAGCGAGCCCGCAGCACGUCGGAGGCCUCCAGCGACAUUUCCAUCCAGCUCAACCAGCCGCCGCCGCCGCCUCCCCCGCCCAAGGGGGGCCAUGUCAACCCGCCGUCCGGCUCUUCUUCCGGGGGGAGCUACCCCAACCCCUCGCUGUCCGCCGGGUACCCCGCGCACAGCCUACCCAGGUCGCACUCGCCGCACCCCCAAGGCCAGGGCCUGUCCAUGGCCGCGCCACCUCCGCCGGUGCCGCCCCCUCACUACCACACGCACAUGCACAUGAGCGCCUCCCCCUGUUAGGAAAAGGUUCAGACUCCUUUCUGUCGUGUGGAGAAACGGCCACAAGUGCGGCGUCCGCGAGAUGACUAAAAGUUUGGCAAUAAGAGAAAGGCAACGUCGAGCGAGUUAUUAGUGGGCGGGGCAAUCGGAAAGUAAUGACGUUGCUGACGACGCGUAAACUUUUGUACGUAGCAAUUGGGAAAUGUGGAUGGCGUGUAUACCUUUCUACAAAAUUGGAAUGUCAUUUCACAUUUCGUACGCUAGCCGUCACCCGUCGGAUUAUUUUGACAGCGAGUCAACAAUAACGGUGAUGGUAUGUGAACGUUGACGCAAGUGGGUUCCCGUCCCGGUUAUCAACAACUUUAUGUUUUGUAUAUUAGUUGAAAUUAUUGUACAUAGUACUUGCACACUGGACUUCAUGUACUGAAGAUCAGAAUGGACAUUUUGGACACAAGAAGAAGACAAAAGGAGGACUGACGCGUUUGCCUUCUGCCAAUUAGUUGCUGAUGACGUCAUCACCAUUCUCUUAAUGCAGUAGAAAACAUUUACCCCCCCCCACACCCCUCCCCUCCACCUCGACUUCUUUCCACCUCAGUGCGAGUUAAGCGUGCCACUCACUGCACUUCAUUUGAAGGAUGAAGCGUCAAUUGCACCCUCUACUGGCAACUUGGUGCAUUGCACUCGGACCUGUUUUGUCGGCGCUCACAAAUGUUGCAAAUAUUCUUGAAAGACCAAAUUCAAGAGCAUUUCAACCGAACCAUACGAUUGGACAACAUUGUCAGAAGAAUUCCGUCAGCUUUUUUUUUUUUUUCCAACGUGACAUUUUCAAAUUCCCGAAAUGUGUCCAGCGGCAUCCUUUUGGCUUGCCCUCCCGUUUGGAUGGCAAACCAAAUAUUGUUGUGCAGCUGGCGGAUGAAAAGGAAACAUAUGAGUCAAUUUCAAUCCCUUUUCUUUUUUUUUUUUUUAAAUAUAGCCGUUUUUAAAAACAACCACAGCGGAAACAUGCAAGGGUGAAUUUGUGCUGGUUCUCUUGGCGCAAGCAAACGUGACGAUAUGCAUUUGUGAAAAAUGAGGCAACAAAAACAAGAUGGCCGCCAUGAAUGGAUAUGGUGAGCAUUGGAGAAUUCAAAUUUUUUUUACCAAAACAAACAAAGACACAUUUUGACAUUGGCUCCUUUUCUAUCGAUGGCCCAGAAUUUGUUUUUCCAUGCCAAGAUUGAUUUCCCCGCUAUUGCAGAUGAGUGAGCGCCCGCAUUGUAUUGAAAUCCCGGCUCGGUAGGUAACUCAGUCGUAAACCGACGGACUCCCUAUGCAACAAUAUCACCUUGAUUAUUGUUCUGGACUAAAACAGAGAAAAAAAGGUUCCAUUUCCUACUCAUUCCGUCGCAUGCUUUGUCUUCCUCCAUCCUGCUAUGGAAUAUUCUGGUGUGAGCGCCACGCGAUGGUCAAAGAUUUGCACAAAUGGAAGCACAGGGUACAAACGUUCUUAUCUUUAAAAUGAUUUUACUUGUGAAGCAUGUCGCGGAAAAAAAAAACAACAUUUUUUUUAAGCUCAAGUUUUGUAACGAGACAUUUAUGAGAUGCACAAUUUGUUUUUGUCAAAAAGAGAGCGUGUGCUUCCAAUCGUAGCUGGAAGCCGUUACCUUACUUCACGCGAAAGUGGCAAACGACUUUAUUCCUUUUAUUCCAAUUAACGCCGAGACGGCCUUUUUGACAUUUUCCCUGCAGGCGCGCGGGUACUUUUGUUUUGUUGCAAUAUGAUUUUCAUUGAAAUGUCAAGCUGUCAUUCUUUCUCAAAUCGACAUCCUCUUGUCUCAAGACCCUGUAAAGCGAAUCCCGACAUUUGCUUUGAAUUACACGAGAUGCGUUUGAAGACGAUUCUCUCAACUCCGCUGUAUUUCUAGAGUGCUUCCAAACAACCGCCGUCGUGUACAAAGAGCGAGCAUAAUUCAUAAAACAACAAACGAUUUAAAAAAAAAGUGCAAUAACAGUCCAACUAAGAAUCAGGUCUCAUGCGGAGUCGAAGGGCAAAUUUUUGGGGGCGUGGCUACCUCCAACCUUGCGCAACCGCAUUAGAGCGCCUCGUCGUUGCGGCGCAAGGUCAUAGAAAUGGUCCAGUAUUUGAUUGACGGUUGACAGAUGAGCAGGGUGCCGUUUGUUUACAUUCCUCAAACGCGUCCACAGCAGUUGACAGCAGAGAGAAAGGCUUGAUUUCUCCCCCCCCCCCCCCCCCCCGCGCCAUUUUAAGCCUCAUUUUAUAGCCUUGUCGUCACUUUCUUAAUCAUUUAAAUUUGACGGGGUGGCAAACACUCUUCUGUCAAAUUCAUGACGCGUAUUUUCACUUGACAGGGACUUAAAAGUGCACAUCAUGUCACCAUGAUGUAAAUAGUUUGCCUGUCAGGAUUUGCUUCAAAUGUGAAAAUUAUUAAUGCUAAAGUCUGCUUGUGGCAUUUUCAGUUUGAUUGUCGACAAAUCUUUAAGACACAUCGUGACUUUGUUUUUUUUUUUAUUUUAUUUUAUUACCAUGUGCAGAAAGAAAGAAAGAAAGACACGUCACAGAGAUCACCGUCAUCAUUUCAACCUUCAGCUCAGAGCAUUCCGAAUCUUUUCAUGCGUGCACGUUACGAGCCGCACUCGGCAAAAUUUUGCUCUCGUCUCUGACCGCUCACAACUCCGCCCCAUCAUCCUUUGGCGUGUGGAUUUCAUUUGACAUCUUACCUCCUGUACAAAUCCAUUUUCAUUCUGAACGUUUCGAAACAUUUGAAAACCAUUCAGUGCCUCUUAUAACCCCCCCCAGCCCCCCGCCCAUCCCUACAUUCCUUUCCGACAGACAACAUUCUAUAUAAUACUGUAGCUGUGCUUGCUUUUGCACUGUCCUCUUGACAUAUAUGUGUAUAUAUAUAUAUAUAUACAUAUAUAUAUUUGCUAAUUUGCUCUUAUGGCCUAAGUGAGGCGGCACCAUGCCGAAGUUACGUGAUGGAAAAGGUGUGCGUGCCGACACCUUCUGCAGCUUAACAUUCAAUAAAUCUUCAAUCUUUGUGC